UAACAUCCCAUCUACCUCAUGACAGCACCCAAACAUGUAAAUGCAGCAUUUAAUGCAGAGGACUCGGUCCCUUUUCUCUCUUGAAAUGUAUCACAGUCAAGCAAGACACGAGCAACAGUGAUGAGUGAUGCUGUCUGCAAUUUGCCUAAAAGAACACUGAAAGAAAAUCCUCAUGGAGACAAACCCUGUACCUUUUUCUGCAAGACCUCAUUUGUGUAGUUUUCUGGUUCUUGGUCUCUUAUAUGCUGUUGUUGUUGCUUCCCCUGCUUCUGCUAGUCUCUUUUUCAACUUUUAUGGAGCUUCAUGCCCAACUGCUGAACUGAUUGUUUCAAACACAGUUAGAUCAGCUUCCUCUUCAGACCCUACCAUCCCAGGGAAGCUACUUCGUUUGGUUUUCCAUGACUGCUUUGUGGAGGGCUGCGAUGCAUCUGUGCUGCUGCAAGGAAAUGGGACGGAGCGAAGUGAUCCAGGGAACAGGUCUCUAGGAGGGUUUCAAGUUAUUGAUUCAGCUAAAAGAAUGCUUGAAAUCUUCUGUCCAGGAACUGUUUCUUGUGCUGAUGUUGUUGCUUUGGCUGCUAGAGAUGCUGUCGCAAUUACUGGUGGACCUCAGCUUCAGAUUCCAACUGGUAGGAGAGAUGGGAGGUUAUCGGCAGCCGCAAAUGUGAGACCUAAUAUUAUAGACACGACUUUUACAAUGAAUGAGAUGAUUAACAUCUUCACUGCUAAAGGAUUAUCUCUUGAAGACCUUGUUGUGCUUUCAGGAGCUCACACUAUAGGAUCAGCUCAUUGCAGCGCAUUCAGUGAUCGGUUCCAAGAGGACUCCAAGGGGAAGCUCACACUCAUCGACACAUCUCUAGACAGGAAUUAUGCAAAUGAACUAAUGCAAAGAUGUCCAGUGGAUGCAAGCGCUUCAAUAACAGUUGUUAAUGAUCCUGAAACAUCCUCAUCAUUUGACAAUCAAUACUACCGAAACCUAGUGGCCCACAAGGGCCUUUUCCAAUCAGAUUCAGUUCUUUUAGAUGACAAAAGAACAAGGAAUCUAGUACAGGAUUUUGCAAAUGAUCAAGAGAAGUUUUUCCAGAGUUGGAGCCAGUCAUUUUUGAAGCUAACAAGCAUUGGAGUAAAAACAGGUGAGGAAGGGGAAAUUCGCCAAUCUUGUUCAAUGACUAGUGGAUGAAGAACUUUGAAUGAGCUGGUUUUGUCGGCAAGCUCCAUGGUAGCCCUCUCAUUGUUAUGAGAACAGGAAAGAAAUCCAGAUUCUGCUCUCAAAACAAGAUAGUGCUUCCAAAUGUUAGCCAAAUAGAGGCAUCAAUGCACCUAUCAAACAACAAUGGCAUAUAACUACAACCCUUCUGCAUUUAUUCAUAAAUUUAGUCAUUUGGUUAGGAUAUGAGGUUGUUUGUGCACUCAUUUUUCAAUCUUUCUUCUUUAGUUUGAUAGGAGCUGUCAUGGCUGAUUUUAUGUGCAUGGAACUUCAUUUGUUUCUAUUUUCUUCGAAUAAUGUAUGAUGAGGUCAGGGUAUGGUAGGCAGAAAAUAACUCAGCUUCAUAGAAUCAGAUGUCCUUAGCUUUGCUAUGGUGGAAUUCGACGUAUCAAGGAUGGAUCAAAGUAUUCCCCUUUCCUUGUGUUUGUCAUGUGUGGCCCAAUGACUUGUGUAGAAAAUGGUUACUAUGCGGAUUAUUAGUUAAAUUAUUUUUAUUAAAA